AUGAGUUGCAUUUUAAAAUGUAAUGAUAAUGAUGAAAUUGUUAUCAAAGAUUCUGAUAACAUUUAUAAUAAAACACAUGAUUACGUUGAGAAACCAUCAGUAAUGUAUAAACCAAGUACAGUAGUACCACCAAAUAAUAUAUUGGAAAUAACACCACCUAAAGAUUUGGAAUAUCCAAUUACAUUUUAUCCUACUGUUGAUACAUUUUUUGAUAAGGAUAAUAAUACUUUGGUUACAUUAAUGGAACUUCCUGGUUUUCCUAUUUCUGAUAUUGAAAUUAAUAUUGGUGAUGGUGAAAUGAUUGUUUCUGGUACGUUACGGUGUCCUAGACCUAAAGAUGAAUUAUAUGAGAAAUUUGGAGAUAAUUUGAAUAUUCAAAUUAGAGAGAGGAAAGUUGGAUUCUUUUAUAGACGUUUCAAACUUCCAAAUAAUGCUAUGGAUAAUACUGCAACAGCUUGUUAUGAUAAUGGUAUCCUUAGUAUUAUUAUUAAAUGUUCACAAUUCUCACCCAUUCGAAGAAUUGAAGUUACUAAUACACCAAAUCAUUUCAAUAAUAAAAAAAAUAAUCAAUCCAUUAAUAGUAUUGAUAAUAAUAAUGAAAAUUAA